AUGGCGCUCUUUGGCAAAGAUCUAGAGGCUCUUUCAGCGUAUCUCCUCCCAUUUUUGAUCUUGAAGACACAAGACCAAAAUAGGCCGUCUAUAGGCCGUCGGUGCCCUCGAGACAUCGAUAUCAUUGGUGGCAUAAGAUUCGAACAUGACAGGCUUAGCACAAAUGCUGGUUUAAUUGACUUUGAACAUGUUGGAUUUCACAAUUCCUCAGAAUACUCGAGUGACAACUAUUCAUUUCAGAGAGAAUUCUCUUCUCUGUUGAGUAGCUCCAGCAACUGCACGUUUUGCAAGAGGAUUGUUAGCAUUAUCACGCACUGGAUUGCCAACUACCCAGGGGAUGGGACGAGUUCAUUAAAUGUCUCCAAGUGCCAAGUAGCUGUGAACCUCGAAACGGACUGGCAUACAAUUGCUCGAGAGAAUGAAGGAGGAUGCACCGCGGUCGAUGAGAAAGCGUAUUCUGAUCGGAUUAGAAUUCACUGCUCUGUUCCAAAACUUGGCACAGGGUGUGAAGCUGGGCAGACACAGUUUCUGACAUUCUUUUUACAGAAAUAUGAUGAGCAACAGCCGGCUCAUGCGUUCCAAUAUUGGUCGAUGAGAAGCCGUUCCUCCUCUCCUUCUAGAGAGCAUCAGCCAUAUACUGGGCGUAAGAGGUCCGCAGUCGCGGAUUUGAGCCUAUUUAAGGGAUGGAAAAGGAUGUGCCAAGUGGAACACGGGACGAAAUGCAGCCAAAUAUUUAAAGGGAUACAAAAGAUCAGACCCCGCGUUAUCGAUGUAGAUCAGCGAUGCUUGGUUUUUGCCGAAGAAGAUAAGCAAUGGGUCUGUUUAAGCUAUGUCUGGGGGCAAGCAAAAACUCUUCGACUCACAAAAGAUAAUUUACAAGCUUUCUCAAUUCCAGGCUCCCUUGGAACUGGUAUUCUUCCAGAUAGCAUCGAAGACGCUUUGCAAGUCACAAAAGGGCUGGGGGAACCGUACCUCUGGAUUGACAGCCUUUGCAUAAUACAAGAUGACGAGCAGGAUAAGGCAGCUUUCAUCUCGAAAAUGGAUUCGAUCUACUCUCUAGCGGUUGUCGUCAUCGUCUCCUCCACCUGCGUCGACGCCAACUCUUGCCUUCCGGGAGUUAGAUCCGGUUCGCGACGUCAAGAACAAGAACCGUUCCAGAUCAAAGACGUUACGUUGGUGCGCUCUCUCGAUCCCGUCCUCGGUGUCAAGGUUGAUCUUCGCACGGGACGCGCCGCGGGAUAUCUAGGGGAAACUAUUUGGGACACCCGGGCUUGGACUUUGCAAGAGAGGUUUCUCGCUUCUAGAGCUCUAGUUUUCACAGCAGACCAAGUCUUCUGGGAAUGUGAAGAGGCAUUCUGGUGCGAAGAUAGUUUUCGUGAGGUCUCCAACCUAUCUCCCGAUCCCCACCGCACAAGUCUUUGCGGAGGAGAACUCAAUCUUUCGUGGAAUUCUGACGUCCCGACAUUUGAUCAUUUCUAUCGGGUGCUCUUGGAAGAGUACUCCGGUCGCACCCUGACAUUUGAUAGUGAUGGGCUGAAUGCUUUCAGCGGUAUCAUACGAGCCUUUGAGAGGUCAAUGGGGGAGGAAUUUUUCAUGGGCAUGCCGACUGCCUACCUAGAAUCUGCCCUUGCAUGGGGUCACCGUACCCAGAAGUUGAGACGGAGACGUGGUGUGCAGGCGCCGGGACUCACCCCGGAUACCGGCAACCAGUUUCCGAGCUGGUCGUGGCAGGCUAUGAAGUUCAACCGCAAGGUCGAUUUGCUUGCUGAAGGCUCCAACCUCGCCAGUCGCUCAUCCCGACCAUACAAAAUCUCCAUCGAUCACCUGCCAAAGGACCACUCGGUUAAUUUAAGCUCAAUGCUCUGCUUCUGGACCGCGUCUGCCGUCCUGAGCAUGGUGAGGUGGUCUGGCGACAGCAACGUCACGUCUGACAAUCAGGAAAUGGCCCUCUCCCAACGCCCUGGUAGCGACAUCCAAGUGCUUUGGUCCCAUAUCGCACCAUCCUUAGAGCCCGGUGAUAGAGUUGAGACCACUGCCGUCGCCCUAAACAGAGGUAGCUGGGACUCCGGCCAUAGUGACAAUGGGGCUAUAGGAGUUAUGGUAAUCUCCUGGGACGCCGGGGAUGUAAUUGCUAGCCGUGAAGGAUUUGCAUGGAUGGCGAUUCGGGAGUGGACGGCGUUGAGAGGUCGUAGAUGGAAGCUGAUUACUCUGGGCUAA